AUGAUGCUGCCUUCACUCCUACCGCUUGGCACUGCUUGCCUUUUCCUGGCCCAAGCCCAGGCUGGACCCCUUUCUCAUCGCGCAUCUCCGCCGUCCGACACUGUGAUCCAAGGCGAAGGCACCGUCGAGGCCACGCUGCACAGCGGGGACUCCGUCACCGUCUACCUCCACGGAGCCACAGUGACAUCGUGGAAGUCCAGCGACGGCGACGAGAAGAUCUUCCUGUCGACCGCCUCAGCCCUCGACGGCAGCGCUGCCAUCCGCGGCGGCAUCCCUGUCGUCUUCCCUAACUUUGGGUCUCCACCAGACGAGGGCCAGACAUCUGAGCUGCCUUCCCACGGCUUUGCCCGCAACAGCACCUGGACCUUUGACGCGGCCACACCCAAUGAGGAUGGUUCCGGCGUGUCGCUGAAAUUCCUCCUCGACUCGGCUUCCUUGAGCGCGGAUUACCAGGCGAAGUGGCCAUACUCUGCCAAGCUGGCGUACACUGUCAACCUCACACAGGACAACCUGAACGUCCACUUCAGCCUCGAGAACACCGACACCCAGGCCAUCGACUUCCAGUUCCUCCUCCACACCUACCUGACCGUCCCUAACAUCAACACAACAACCGUCUCCGGCCUGCAGGGCUCCACCUACCAGGACAAGACGCAGAACUACACCGUCGUCACCGAGACCUCGGACGCGCUGCGCAUCACGGGCGAGACGGACCGCAUCUACAGCCCGGCCGAGGUGUCCCCCAUCGUGCUCAACGACAACGGCAGGGCCCGCGUCACCGUCGACAGGAGCGAGGCCCUCCCCGACACCACCGUCUGGAACACGUGGGCCACCAAGAUCCUCAGCUCCAAGGACUUCGCGCCCAAGGACGCCUGGCAGCACUACCUCGCCAUCGAGCCGGGCUACGUCGCCAAGUUCAACAGCCUCGAGCCCGGGAGCACCUGGGAGGCUGGUGUCAACUAUGUUGCUCACGUCUAG